CUCUCGUUCUAUCACUUCUAUCCCUCUUCGUCCUUCGGCGCGGCACACGAGAUUCACUUGGCGAGACCUCGAGCGGUUCGAGGUUGUGUUUCCAUCAUCGUCGUCGCCACCGCGUCGACGUCGACGUCGUCGUCGUCGUCGUCGUCGUCGUCGCGAUGCAAGUUUUCAUCGAUUCGCGACGGCAGGCGAGUUACGACGGACGAAUGACUUGGCUCGUAAAUUCACCGCGAAUUCUCGGUAGAAAGAAAGAGAGAGGGUACUUGGAUUGAGUCUCGCUGGAUUCCGCCAGGGAACUUUUUCUUUUACUCCAUCGCGAUCGUGUCAGCUGGGAUCUUCGUGCGCGCUCGAUAAGUCAUUAAAGACCGUCUGUCGUUCGCGAUAAUAACCACCGCGGUCUCUCUCUCUCUCUCCCGUCUAAUGAGUCGCGUGCAUACACGACACGGACGGUGAAAGAAACCCGAUAGUUCCGUCUUUCGAUGCUCGUUGCACAAUUGCCUCGCUGCGGUUGCCGAAGAGAAUAGGAGAAUAUCCGCCUCUUGCAUCGGGAACUAUUCCUCGCGUGACUCCUCGCGUAUUCCAAAGUUGCAAAUUCCACGUAAAUGUAUUUUUCAUCAUCGAAAUUUUUAAUAUCCCUUAAACGAAGUUUGCGAGUGAAGGUGAACUCUUCCCCGUCGGCCGGAAUCUCGAUCGCGAUCCAGCCGGCAGAAUCGGCUUCCGCGAUAUCGAGAACCGCGAUGCUCUCGUAUUAUAAUUAUCGAUAAAGGAUCCCGCAGUUGCCGAAGCCGAGAGUGAGUUUCCGAAAGGAAACGACCGACCGAGUGCUCUCUCUCUCUCUCUCUCUCUCUCUUGUAGCGCGCAACAAAAGUGCAAGUGGAAGAAGCGGAGCGUUAGCCGCCGGGCGGGACUUUGUUGCACUCCUUCUCCCCUGACCCCUCUUUUCGCUCCCCUCCUCGUCCGCACGCUCGUUCGCCGACUCCUCCUCGCGUCCUCUCGCCGUCCUCUCGCCCCUCUACUCCCCCGACCGCUCUCCGCCCGUCCCAGUCUCCCCCUCUCAUCCCGAGACUGCACGCUCACAUGCAACGAGAGCCAGACCGGCCGGCUGGCACUCAGUCGCCUUUAGCGCCGUGCAUCUCCGAGUCAGUCAGUCAGUCAGUCAGUCAUUGAGUCAGUCAGUCGGUGAAUCGGGUCGCUCGGAUACGCGCGAAAGAAUAGUUAAGCAACCGGUCGCGCGGUCAAUCACGAACGAACCAAAGAAGUGCAGUGAGCAACCAUACCAAAUCGAUACCAAAAGGAGGAGUUUUUAGCUCGAGCGAGGGAGGGAAAGGGAGGAACAAGGUGGAAGGCAGGACUUCUUUUGCGAGAUGACGCGGUACGGACGGGGCGAGGAUACCGUCUGAAUAGUCAACGAAAAGGUCGAGCCGCGCGGGGUGGUGUGUACCACGGAGGGUGGUGGUGUGCGCGGGAGGUGUGUGUGUGUGUGUGUGUGUGAAAAGGUCGGCAAAAUAAAUCGGUUCACGGUGACGAGUGAAAGUAGAUCGGGCCGGCAGCCGGGCAAGAUGAUGAAGAAGGAGAAGCCGAUGAUGUCGGUGGACGCCAUCAUCGAGGGCAGCCGGCAUUGGGCACGUGGCAACACCUGGCUGAGUUUGGAUAACAGUAAUAUGUCGAUGUCGUCGGUGGGGCCGCAGAGUCCUCUUGACAUGAAGCCCGAUACGGCCCUUAUCAAUCCGGGGAACUUUAGCCCAUCGGGUCCCAACAGUCCAGGACCCUUCAAUGCUGGUUGUCACAGCAACCUCCUGAGUACAUCGCCCAGCGGUCAGAGCAAAACGGUCACGCCCUAUCCGCCUAAUCAUCCCCUGUCGGGCAGCAAACAUCUGUGUUCGAUCUGCGGCGACCGUGCGAGUGGUAAACAUUACGGCGUCUACAGCUGCGAAGGAUGCAAGGGAUUCUUCAAGAGGACCGUACGUAAGGAUCUGUCGUACGCUUGUCGUGAGGAGAAGACCUGCAUCAUCGACAAGCGACAGAGAAACCGCUGUCAGUUCUGCCGGUACCAGAAGUGCCUGGCCAUGGGGAUGAAGAGGGAAGCGGUGCAGGAGGAACGUCAGCGCACCAAGGAGCGAGAUCAGAGCGAGGUGGAGAGCACGAGCAGUUUGCACGCGGAUAUGCCGAUCGAGCGCAUCCUCGAGGCGGAAAAACGGGUCGAGUGUAAGAUAGAGAUCCAGGGAAAUUUCGAGAACGCAAUGUCGCACAUUUGCAACGCCACGAAUCAACAGCUGUAUCAGCUGGUGGCAUGGGCGAAGCACAUCCCACACUUUACGUCGUUGCCGGUGGAGGAUCAGGUGGUUCUGCUCAAGGCUGGCUGGAACGAGCUGCUAAUAGCUGCCUUCUCCCACCGAUCCAUUGAGAUGAAGGACAGUAUCGUUCUGCCAACGGGUACCAUGGUGCAUCGGAAUUCGGCGCAACAGGCGGGCGUGUCCACGAUAUUCGAUCGCGUGAUGUCGGAGCUGGUGUCGAAGAUGCGCGAAAUGAAAAUGGAUAGAACCGAACUCGGAUGUCUUAGAUCUAUUAUUCUCUUCAAUCCCGAUGUGCGAGGCCUCAAGUCCGUCAACGAGGUCAGCGUGCUGCGCGAGAAAGUCUAUGCCGCUCUAGAAGAAUACACCCGCGUCAGCUGUCCAGACGACCCCGGUAGAUUCGCCAAGCUGUUGCUUCGCCUGCCAUCCAUCCGUUCGAUCGGUCUCAAGUGCCUAGAGCACGUAUUCUUCUUUAAAUUAAUCGGUGAUGCACCGGUCGAAAACUUCCUCACAGAAAUGUUGGAGUCACCUUCGGAUCCUUAGGAGCAGAAGGUGUGCCGCAUUUUGGGGCACACCGAUAUGUAAAAAGAAACAGAACACAAGAGGAAGAAGAUGAAGAAGAAGAAGAAGAAGACGAUAAUGACGACGAAAGAGGAUAGGACCCGCAUUCGAGUCGAGUUUCGCAUUCAAGAUGCAACGAUUUCUAUACUGCGUCGCCUUUUUUUCGCGUCGCAGUAUGGACUAUCCGUGUGUCGAGCGAGGUGGAAUUUACUUACUUCUCUUUAUCGCCACUCCUGGUCUCCCCUUCUCUCCUGUUUCUUCCCCUCACCCUGUUAUUUAUGUUUUUGUUAGAAUUUAGCGACUCUUAUGUCCAGCGUAAGGAGGCGGUCUUACUGACUGAACGCUACGCAUAAGAAAAAAUAAUGCGUUCACGCGUGUCUGCGUCUUUGUUACAGCUUAUACGCGUGGUUCUGAGCACAAUCUGAUAGCGCGGUUAGACAGCUGCGGCCUGCAUAAUCCAGGCUUUGACGAUAACGAUCGAUAAUUAGUUAAUUUUUUGCUCCGAUUAAAUUUCGUCGCGACGAUCAGGUAUACGUUAUAAGGUGUAAAUGCGAUCGAUAGAAAUUCAGUCCGAUUUAUCUGGUGGAUAAAUAAAGUUCGAUGUUAAUUUAUGAAAAGUUACGCAGAUAGAUAGGAAAUUUUCUAUGUAUACAAAAUAUUGUUAAUUACAAUCGCUGCCUCUUUAAUCUGUGACAUGUGUCGUGCCAUCAUCCGAGCGAAGAUCGUAUCUUACACGGUGCCGAUUUCGUGCCGAUCGAUCCUUGUUUUAGACAGACAUCGCGUCUUCGUCGAAAUUGCAUCUUUUACAGUCACAGAAGUUCCUAGAAUUAUUAAGUAUCUUUUUUUUUAUUUUUGCACUUUGUUAUUUUUCGGUCUCUCUUUUUUUUUCCUUGUCUCUCUCGACAACGUCACGGCGAUUGCUUCGGUGAUUCCGUUUUUGACGACCGACGCUCGACGAAGACGCGAUCCGUCUGUGUUCGCGAGUUCUCGGACACCUUUACAUUCCAACUCUGCCUCGAUUCGGAUCGUUACUUUAAAGAGCCACUAUAUGCAUAUAGAUAUGUAUACAUAAUACUUGCAUCAAAUGCGUAUACCCUUACGCUCAGUGCGCAAGUUUAACGAUAAUUUAUUGUUUUGUAUUUUAGAGUAUAGGAAAAAAACGAACUUACUAAUUCAUUAUUAAUUAAAUUAAAUAUACGCAUGGUAGUCCCCCUUUUUUACGCAGCAUGUGUCAAUGGAAUAUCAGAAGUGCAACAAUCUGACGUCAGAGCGUGCGAACAAAGUAUUUACUUUCAAGGUGUUAGGGUUUUUUCCGUUUAUCUUUUCGUUUUUAUAAUGCACGCUCGGAUAUAUACUCGGAUCUUCUUCAUUAACUUUUAAUAUUUAGGUUUAACGAUAUGACAAACUCUUACUACGCGUAUAAAUUUGCAGUACUGGAAUUGCUGUUUUCUGUGUCUGACAAAUUCGACAUGGCAGCAAAAUAGAGUAGAGAGAGUAUAUUGACAUUUUCUUCUUUUUUUUUCAUAGUUUAUUGGCAGUUAGAUUUUUUUUCCCCCAGAGAAUGUUCAAUGCACGCGAAAGCAAAUUAAAAAAAAAACAAAGAUACAGGAGUUCUCGAAUCUUUGAAAAAAGAAAAGAGAUGUUUGCGAGAUGUAUAAUUAUAUUAUAAAAAUCUAGCAUACGCUAAGAAUUAACUGAUCGUGGACACGCAGGAUUAAGAUAAAACCUCUCGUUGUUAGUAAUUUACAGAAUUGCGUAUCACAUGACGUGAGCUGACAGAUCCGACGAAUUUGUAAAUUACACGAAGCGGAGCAUCUGCAAAUUUUGCUCAGCGGCUUAUUUUCUAAAUUUAAAUGUUAUUAGAUAUAUAAAGAUAUGUACAAAACGCGUAUAUAUACAUAUAUACAUAUAUAUAUUUUUCUCGAGACUGUUAAUUAUUAUUCUAUCUGUUAACUAUUUCUACUUGUGGAGAAAUUGGAUUAACGACAUGAUUUAUGUGAUAGUCAAAUUUUAAUAGUUUUUAUGUCAACGUUAUGUUGACUCGAUUCUUCGUUCGAAAAAUUUUUAGAUGUGUAAUAUUGUAUAAUAAUGAUUUGUUUAUUUGAUAGAGAUACGUGAACGUUUAUAAUAUUAGAUUUAUACGUAUUCAUAUUUUUAAAAUAAAUUUAUGAAGAGUUUGAUGAUUAUAAUGCAAUUUAUUAUGUUGUAAAAUGUGAGCGUUCAGAGAUGUAAAAUUAUUUUUUUAUUUUAAAUAAAUUCAUUGUGGAAUAACAUUUCAUCAUUUUUGCGAAUGUUGUACAAAAUAUUUGAUACUUUUCGGACUCUUUCAGCUCUAAUCAUUGAUACGAUUUACUCUACUACUCUAGAAAUAGUAAGGGAAUGAUCAUAUACUUACUUCAAUAAUAUAAAUUAUGAUAAUAUUAUUGUAUAUUAUUAAACAUAUUUCUAUUUUUGCGUGAAUGCCUACGAUUGUUAGUUGUUGGUUAUUGUUAUCUACUUGAUGAGAGUUUUUAAUGUUAUGCGUACCGCGUGGGAAACAAACACAAUAUUAAAUUCAUAAUUUUUUUUAUAACAUACUGGAGUUACUAUUCAUUUCUCAGACGCCUAUUUUAGCAUUUUUUUUUUUCAAUCAUUCAGGGAAGACGAGUUUAUAUUUAAUGACGUAGAUGCGGAUGCAGGAGCAAUAUCGAGUAAUAUGUAAAUUGUUUUAAUUUACUAGUAUAUAUAUAUAUAUAUAUAUAUGUACAUAAUUCACAUCGUUUUUGAUUUAUUAGUAGGAGCGCAGAUUAAAGAGCGAGUUUCUAUUACCUAAACUUAUCAUUUGAUUGUACAAUUGUUAUUUCAAUACUUUUAUUGACGAAGCACCUGACCAAAAUUACCUCUGAACAAUCGCGCGACUAGCGAUCACCUCUUCAAAUUCCUCACAAAAUAUAAAACGAUGCUGUAAGUGACCAUUUAGGAUUGGAGGGCGCGAAUGAAGCUACCUGUGAAUGAAGUUUCAUAUAAAAUAUAUAAAUGUUAAAACGGAAAUAUAUCUACAUAUAUAUAAAUAAUAUAUGAAUAUAUAUAAACCGAAUUCUUUCACAAAUACAAAUGCAACAACCUCAAGUAGUGAACAGGAAAAAGAAAAAAAAAGAGUUAACAAAGAUAAAUAACAGAUUAAUGAGCUCUAUUGUCCUGCGAUCAGAUACAUUAUAUAAGGUAAGAGGAUUUACAAGAGUGGUCUUUGGAAUGCCGUGAUGUUUUACUUUUAAAAAGCAUAAAUAACACACUGAGCUUCUUUCGCGAAGCACCGUAUCGGGAAAAAGAAAAUGCUGGAUAAUAUGUGGAUGUGUGUAUGUGUGUACGUAUGAGCGGAUGGUAUGGGUGGAUGUGUGUACCCCGAGUAUACUCUGAUAUAAACUUAAAUGCUUUUGCCAUACUUCUUUGAAGUAUCAUUGAAAUGGUACGAUGCUCAAAUCGUGUUAGAAACAGUCUUAUAUAGUAACAGUCCUAGAAUGGAAGAAUUGGGUGCGCUGUGUUGUAAUCUUUCUGUAUAGUAGAACAACAAUGGAUGCUACUUUUGUAUCUAUUGUAUCUCCCUUCCUUUUAUAUCUUGUACUUAUGCCAGGUAUCCUAGAUAUUUUUUUUUGCAUGCCUCUCUCUCUCUUUAUUUCUUUUUCAAUGAUUUCAGCAUUUAAUAUUUUCAACUUGCAAAAUCCUAGCUUCUAUCACUUAAGUAUUUAAAAAGCAAAUGAUAGAGCAUCUUUUAUUUAGUAUACUGAAACCCUUUCCACGCACCCAUUCUACAUAGAUCAGUACAAAUAAGUUUAAUAAUAAUAAUAGUAAUAAAUAACAAUAAUAAUGAUAAUGGUAAUAAUGGUACCGAUAACGUUAAUAAUACCGUUUAUUCUUAUCAAGCGCGUAAGGUAUACCCAACUUAACAAGAAAGAAAAUAGUAGCAGGUGUCCUACUAAAAAUACCGUACCUUUAACGAGCUAAACUGUAAGCCAGUAUGUUACAUCUAUGUAUAAACAAACGUCGUACAAUUUACGUAUGGGCAAUCUCUAAUUAAGAAAGUUAAUAAGUUAACUCUUGUAUGACUGCCAUUAUGAUCAAAUAUUAUUUCGAAUAAUUAUCGUAAUUACGAUACUCUGCGGAGAGUUGGUCGUUUUUUCAUUAUUUCUUCUGGCCCGCGCAGAAGACAGUGCAGGAGCGAGUACACGUUUAUACGCGCGAUAAUGCACGUGUUCGUUGAUAUUUUCGAAUUAGACUUUUCGCGCGAGAACGCGACAAAGCGUUAUUUAAAUAUCUUAGGCGACACUAGAGAAAACGUUCUGAUUGGAUACUUUAUGAACUGUAAUUGUAUGUCGAUAUAAAUGUUGAAUGUAACAUUCCAUUUUACGGAUAAUCGGCGUGCGUUACGAAAUGCCUAUCAAACAUCGCUUUUUUCCUUUUUUUUUCAUACGAUAUACAAGUUUCUAAUUGUAAUUUUCUCCGUUUCGUAGAAAUCUUCAGGGCACCGCGAUUUUCGAUGUCUCUCCCGCUUGCGUUACAGUGGGAUGUGGCGUAUUGUACGAUACUCUGUCGCAAAUUGAUAUUAAUUUAUUUCACUGGCUUUAAUAACCAACGACACUAUAUAUGGUUGUGCUCCGUAGAUAGCAAAGCAAUAUAGUUAAUUAUACAUGUAUGCACAUGAGUGUAUAUAUAUAUUUAUGUAUUUGUAAUAUAUUAUAUAUUUUAUAUAUAUUAUAUUUACAUAUAUAUAUUUUUUAUGUGCAUAUAUGUAUGUAUGUAUGUAUGUAUGUAUGUAUGUAUGUAUGUACGUACAUCCCUCAAGAGUCCAUCUCUAUUUUAAGCUGUAAGUUAUGAUUUCGUUAAGUUAACGGGACGUUUCUUGAUUUGCGCAUCCAUUGUAGAUUAUGAAAAAAUCUGUCUAUAUACUUAUACUAUAUUUACUACUAAACUAUUAAGAAAUACGCUUUUUGUAAAUGUAAACGUACACCUUUUUUCAAAUAUAACGGUACGGAACAUGUGCAAAGUAUCACGUAUGGAGGCGUCGAGUUCUCAGGUGAGGAGAGCGAGUGUUUUAGGAAGAAUAAGAGUAAUAUAUUCACACACAGAAAGCGAAAGAUGAGGGUAUAUAAAAUAAUAUGUAGAAAUGUAAGCAAAAAAGAGAAAGAGAGAUCCCGAUGUGUGAAGGAUGAUGAGAAGGCAAGCAAGAGAGAGAGACUGAAAGAGGGUGAGAAAUUGUUAACGGCAAGAAUGUGCAAAACACAAGGGGAGUGAUGCUAUGAGUGUACUUGUACAACAGUAUGGCUAGUAACAAUCCCUGAGUAAAGAAAUAUAAUGUACGGUUUCGCGCCAAGAGAUAGAUCGUCUAUUCUGACUUAUCUAAAUAUAAUAUUUUUAUGAACUGAAAAAGACUGUCAUAUUUUUGUACCAUUUACAGACCUGCCCCUUGUAAAUCUUUACGGUACUGUAACGCUUAUGAUGAAGAUAAAAUAAGUUAGAAUCGAUUGGGAUUUCUUUGUUUUACAGCAAUUUAUUAACUGUAUUAUUGAAGACAGAUUUUUGUGCAUCAUACUUCCGCAUACGAAACAGUUCGAAGUUCAUAUCUUUCACAUAAUCGUUCGAUUUAUAAUGGACAAAUGUACAAUAUGAUUGCUUACACAUGUACGUGUGUAUGUAAAGUGCAAUAUGUGACAAAUAUAUAUAUAAUAUAUA